AUGGAGCGUCUUCAACCGAAAGUGUACGUGAAGAAUGAGUUGGGGCGUGCCCUGCUCGGCGAGUUCGUCGGCACCAUGAUUCUGCUGCUGAUCGGAACCUCGGUUGUCGCCCAGCACGAGCUUCCCCGUGUCCGCAUCAACGAGCAGAUCGGUGUGAAUAUCGGCUUCGGUCUGGCCAUCGCCUUCGGUGUCGCCGUCUCGGCCAAGCUGUCUGGUGGCCAUAUCAACCCGGCCGUCUCCCUCAUGUUCCUUUCGUUCGGAUCUCUGAAGCCCCUCCGCUUCAUCCUGUACACCCUCGUCCAGAUUGCCGGAGCCUUCGUCGGAGCCGCUCUCACCUUCGUCCUCUACAACGACGCCAUCAACAACUUUGACGGUGGAAACCACACGGUCGUCGGCGCCCACAAGACGGCCCAAAUCUUCGCCUCGUACCCGGCCCCCCAUCUUGGAACCAUCAACGGACUCACUGACCAAAUCAUUGCCACUGCCGUGUUCUGCUUCCUGAUUGCCCACUUCACCGAUGAGCGCCGCACCUCGUACCCCAACUGGGUCCGCCCCCUCCUUAUCGGACUUUCGUUUGUCGCCAUCGGCACUGCCUUCUCGUUCAACUGCGGAUACCCGUGCAACCCUGCCCGUGACUUCGGACCCCGUCUCUUCACCCUCCUUGCUGGCUAUGGCGGUGAGACCUUCACCUACCGUGGAUGGUGGUGGGUCCCGAUUGUCGGACCAUUCAUCGGAGCCCUCAUCGGAGCCUGGCUGUACCAGUUCACCAUCGGAUUCCACACCUCCAUUGAGGUCCUCACCAAGUAUGCCAUCGUCGAGGGACCCAAGAAGAGCGAGCACAUCAAGGAGGAGGGUGAGCAGCUGGUGCAGUCU